GAAGACGGAAGUGGAGAGGAGUGAAUCACAUUAUGUUGUGUACGCGUACGCUUCGUGAAUCGUGACGUCUCUUCAAUCUCUUCAACAGCAACAAAACAAAGAAACCGAGUUAAAUACAACGUUGUUGUGUCAGUUAAUCGAUUAUAUUCAUUCUAACAGGUUUAUAGGGAGAAUAAACUGAUACAAAUUUCAGAAGAACCAAGGAUGUAAGAAGAAACCCUGCCAUCUAGUGGUGAAGCAACAGACGAGCACUUCCCGUGACGCAGAGAAACGCGCUAAAACGAUAUAUCCGGCUUGUGAACGGAGGGUAGCAGCAUGGCAUCCGACAGCACCAUGGCUAACGUUAACGGACGAGAGACCGUCUCCCUGAACGGGGAGCCGGUCGUUAAGCGGCCACGGGAGAGUGUCUCGCAGGAGUGUCCUCUCCGUAUCCCGAAGGAGCCGCAGAACAAAGUGACCGUUGUGCUCGGAGCGCAGUGGGGCGACGAGGGCAAAGGGAAAGUUGUGGACUUGCUCGCAAUGGAUGCGGAUAUUGUAUGCAGGUGCCAGGGAGGCAACAAUGCAGGUCACACGGUGGUUGUGGACUCAGUGGAGUAUGACUUCCACCUUCUGCCCAGUGGGGUGCUCAACAAGAAGGCUGUCUCCUUCAUUGGCAACGGGGUGGUGAUACACCUACCAGGUCUGUUUGAGGAGGCGGAAAAGAACCUGCAGAAAGGCAAAGGAUUACAAGGAUGGGAGGAGAGAUUAAAGAUUUCUGAUCGUGCCCACAUUGUGUUCAACUUCCAUCAAGCGGUUGAUGGGAUCCAGGAGCAGCAGCGGCAGCAACAAGAAGGGAAAAAUUUGGGAACCACUAAAAAGGGUAUCGGGCCUGCCUACUCCUCCAAAGCUGCUCGGAACGGUCUGCGAGUCUGUGACCUUGUCUCAGAUUUCAAGGUUUUUGAGGACAAGUUUCGUAUGUUGGCAGAACAUUUCCUGACGAUGUAUCCAAACCUUAACGUUGACAUUGACAGUGAACUGGAGCAGCUGAAGGGAUACGCAGAGAGACUGCGUCCUCUGGUGACUGAUGGGGUUUACUUCAUGCACAAAGCUCUUACUGGACCCAGUAAGAAAAUCCUGGUGGAGGGAGCCAAUGCUGCUCUCCUGGAUAUUGACUUUGGGACCUAUCCUUUCGUGACAUCUUCCAACUGCACUGUGGGAGGAGUGUGCACAGGUCUCGGCGUGCCUCCAUCAUAUGUUGGCCGAGUGUACGGUGUCGUCAAAGCGUACACCACCCGAGUGGGCGUUGGUGCAUUCCCAACAGAGCAGGAUAAUGAGAUUGGGGAACUGUUACAGUCCAGAGGGAGAGAGUUUGGUGUGACGACGGGCAGAAGGAGGCGUUGUGGUUGGCUGGACUUAAUUUUGGUCAGAUACGCCCACAUGGUUAAUGGCUUCACUGCAAUUGCCCUGACCAAGCUGGACAUUUUGGAUACACUGCCAGAGAUUAAAGUGGGCGUGGCCUACAAGGUUGAUGGACAACCUCUACCAAGUUUCCCUGCAAACAUGGACGUUUUGACGCGGGUGACAGUGGAGUACAAGACGUUGCCCGGCUGGUGCUGCAGCACCGAGGCAGCUCGGAGCUUCGAGGAGCUUCCGUCACAGGCACAAAGUUACAUUCAGUUCAUCGAGGAGUUCCUGCAAGUGCCAGUGAAGUGGGUUGGAAUCGGCAAGUCCAGAGAGAGCAUGGUCAAACUGUUUUGAUCUGUCUGCGGACCUGUAGUCCUCCUCAACAACAGCUCAGAUAAUAAUUUCAGGUUUUGAUAGGAUUACCAGAGGAAUUUAAAUGCAAACUCUAUCCUAAAGGAAAUACUUCACCAGCAAGGCUAUUUGUGAACUUUUAGUUUGUACUUGUGCAUCACAUCUACAAUAAUUCUUCUAUAUAAUGUAUGCAUUGCACAUGUUUUCUAUAUUUAUUAGGGUGUUCAUUUUUAAAACCUGGUGCAAAUGGAUCGAUCAUUCUUUAUUCCAUUCCACAGUAAAGCAUAGUUUAUCUUUUUAGCAUUUGAGGCUUAUUAACCUUACAUAGUGAAAAAAUAUCAGUUAAGUUUUUUUUUUUGUUUUUGUUUUUUUUUUUUGUUGGUUUUUUUUUUACAUAUAUUUGGAGAGCCAUUGAUGAACAGAUGUAGAAGCCUUCAUAUUAAAGGACAUCACAAUAAAGCAAGAGAUUAUUUUCAGGCUUUGUAAUGAGAUGGAAAAAUGAUUGAAAGCCAUCGUGAUCUGUACGAUUGUGAACUUUUCUAUUGAACAAUUUUAAAACACUUUAAAAACAUGAAUGCAUCUCAGUUAAGUUUGUUGCAACAUUUUCACGAUGCUUGUUGGAAUAAACUGUGCUUUUUAAAUCAUCCUCAAGACGGAUAAAUCAACACUAAAAACUUGAGUUUGUAUAGAUGUAUUCAUGACAAUUGAGGGAAAGUAAGUAGAAAUUCCACGUCCACAUUAAGACUGACUGGUAUUUGAGCAGUUUGUGUAAAUGUAAAGAAAAUUGCCUGAGGGCAGUAAUGUACCAGAGUGCAUCUCAAUAUGUGUCCUAUGCCAUUUAAUUAAUUUUUUCAAUAAUGUAAAAGACUCUUAACUCAGCUUGCUGUUAUCAAUAAAAGGAAACUAACAUUUA